UUCUCACCACAUUGGUGUUAAGUCUGGUGAAAUGUCUAUAAUAAAGUUCAGGAAGUGAGAAGACGCUCAUAACUUCUGCUUCUCUGAAAGACCGUCACAACUUCCAUGUCUCGGCUACCAUGUCUGUCUUUCUCGCCAUCGUGUUUCUAUCUUUGAACGCGGGAGAAUCUGGAGGGGCCAUCAAACCUGUGGUGACCUUCACACCCAUAUGGAGGGAUAUAUUAUACGAUGACGAUGUGACUCUAACAUGUGAUGUGCCGUCUACUGAGGAGCCCCGGACCUAUCACUGGUACAAAGAUAAGAGACAAAUACCAGGGGAUCAACAGAGACUUCAUAUCAUUGGAUCUUCCGUCUACCGGGACAGUGGAGAUUACCAGUGUCAGACCAUCGGUGGUGAUAUCAGUGAUCCCGUCUUCCUAAAUGUUACACACAGUGAGUGAUCUCAUCUCAUCUCCAUCAUUACAGAUUGUUGGGUGUGAAUAGAACAACAUAAAGUAUAAUUUUAUUACAUUUCAGAUUAUGUCAUCCUGCAGAGACCCCCAUCUGUCAUCUAUGAAGGAGACCCCCUGACUCUGAGAUGUCAUCAUAUAAAUGGUUUUAUUGCAACAAACACAAAAUUCUACAAGGAUGAUCGGGAGAAAAAAUCAUCAGAAUCUGACUCCACAUUCCAUAUUCCUAAUAUAAGGAGGAGUCAGUCUGGACUCUACAAAUGUACUCAACAAAUACAACUUUAUGAUCAUUCAUAUGUGAAGGAACACUCAGAUGUCUCCUUUAUCUCUGUGAAAGGUAAAUUAAUGUCUUAUAUAAAUCUUUAUCCUUAGAGAUAUUGGUGGAUCCAGAGGAAGGAGAAUUCAGACAAAAAUAUGAUCUU